CGUCCUCAAAGGCACCACCAAAUCAACAAGCCCCGGCAAAUCCGUCAAGAUCUAUAUGAAGGUCGAAAUCGACGCAUUCUCCGGUUUCCGCGUGUACCCCUCCAAGGGCAAACUCUUUGUCCGUGGAGACUCCAAAGUUUUCCGAUUCGCCAGCUCCAAGAAUGCCUCCCUGUUCCUCCAGCGCAAGAACCCCCGUAAGAUCGCCUGGACACAGGUCUACCGUCGCAUGCACAAGAAGGGUAUCACUGAGGAAGUCGCCAAGAAGCGUUCGCGCAGGACCGUGAAACACCAACGUGGCAUCGUUGGUGCUGACCUUGCUACCAUCGCCGCCAAGCGCAACCAGACCGCUGCUAUCCGCAACCAGCAGAGAAUUACGGCCAUCGCAAAGGCCAAGACUGAGAAGAAAGAGAAGGAGUCGAAAAAGGCCAAGCCUGCACGUGCGCCUGUUGCAAGUGGACCUAGGGUGUCGAAGCAGCAGAUGAAGGGUGGCAAGGGUGGACGAUGAGCAGUUUUUCCGUUGCUGGCACAGACCUAUGUAUCGCACGCCCUUUUCGACAUGACUUCACAUGCGCAAAAUCUAUGUUGCAUGCUUCCGCUUUCGUUCAUCUCACCUGUCACUCGCGGAAAAGAAGAAACAGAAACCUAACAUGACUGAGUUACCUUUCGUCAGUCGAGCGUCUGAAACGAGUGUAUUGUAUAGUUUCCGAUAGACCUUGCGUUUAGGAUAGCCCUUGUUGGUGUUCGGGAUUUACCUAAAACAUGCACCUGUGGUUCUGGGGACGCCGUGUUACUUAAGCCUCAUGUC